GCGUUACUUUGCAUUGGUGAGGUUAGUCGUUAUUUGAAAAAUUGUCUGGCAUAUAUCGUGAUGUCGUCCAAUGUUGGUCUUAUCAGUCGUCAAUGCAAACGUACGUGCGAUCGUUACCAGUUUUUCGACCAAAAAAUAGCCGUCGAAAAGUUAACUGGUCUGGUUUUAGUUGGCGAGACGUUCAACAGCCAUUGUUCUGAAAAUACAGAUGCGAAAACAGCAGAUCCUCCAACGAAAAAUUACAUUUCGUCCCUUCAGAAGUUUCAUUGUAAUAUAUGUCAAUUGAAAAUGGAUAAUGCAGUAGAUAUGGUAUCUUUCACAAAAAAUCUUCUAUGCUAAUGAUUGUUUUUUCACUCCAGCGAGAACACUUCAAAAGCGAAUGGCAUAUCUGCAAUAUAAAUCGAUCCUUACGUGGUUAUUGUCCACUAACAUUUGAUCUGUUCGAAACUUUAAGACAAGAGAAAAUAGAAAAUGUUUCGAAAAUAAAUACCGUCGAUCAAGUUGGAAUAAGUCCAAUUAAUUCACUGUCAGCAACUGUAGAACCAAAUAUUGACAACAAUGACUGCGAUCAUGGUACAUCAUCUAAUACGGUUACUAAUUCGUCACUUACUGCAUCGUCACAUAAGCAGAUGUUAUUUUUCCGAAAUUAUAAUUCAGAAAUAGUUGGAAUAAAUCGUUGUGUUCUAUUUACUAGGAAGACUAUGCCUUUAACAAUGGAUGAGUUGCUGGCAUCUGUUUCGCGUGUUCGACAAAGUCGGAAAUGGGCUAUUCUUCUUUAUUCUGGAGGUAAAUUCGCUGGUGGUAUUUUUGAUGGAACAAACGAGCUUGUUCAUAAAACUUUGCGCAAUUAUACAGUACGCGCUAAACAAGGUGGUGGCCAAUCAUCUUAUGAUUCACAAUGUGGUGGUCUUGGCGGAGUGAAAUCAGCUGGUGCUAAUCUUCGACGUCAUGGUGAAGCAACUAUUCGUAAUGAAAUAAGUGAUCUUUUACAUAAUAAAUGGCGUGUUCUGUUACAAUCUUGCCAGCUGAUAUUUUUGUGGUCUCCUAAAGUACAUCGAAGUAUAUUUUUUAAUCCACCUGUAUCAUCCUCAUCUGCGCCAUCUAAUUAUAAAUUUACCGGUGAUAAUUUGAAUGAAUCAACUAACUAUUCUUCGGAUAAUUCUAGUUAUCGGAUUUCCUCACCUCUUGUCCCAGAUUCAUUAGCUUCAAAAGCUUGUGAUUGUCGACUUGGAAUGACAAUGGAUGAUCCAAGAUUACGCAGAAUACCUUGUCGUAGUAAACAUAUCACAUAUUUACAUGUAAAAGAGUUACACAAAGAAUUGUCAACUUUUGAUGUUUAUGAUCCUGAUGCUAAUCUGGAGUUUCUCAGUAAAUCAGGUCGAAAUCAAUGGCGCAAAUUAUCUGAAAGUGGUGAUGAAACUUUGUUAGAAACUAAAAGUGGUCGAUUAAUUUACGGUCCACUUAGCCUACUAGAAACUAGUCCUAAAAAGAACUUAUUGUCAUCAAGUUCAGAUAAUUCUAAUUUGUCAGAUUUUGUCAGUUCACAAGACGAUACUGAUGAUGAUAGCAAUGAUGAUCGAAUGGAGCAGAUUGUGAACUCGGAAAAUAAUAUUAGGAAAACCACAGAAACUGUCAGGAAGACGAAACCAAACAGUCAAUCUUCAUUGCUUUCGACUUCCAACGAUUCCGAAAGUAAUGAUGUCAAAGCAAUGACUGAUAAUUUCGAAGAUUUAUAUUUCACCUAUCAAAGUUGGCAUAGACGUUUACGUGUAGCGAUUGCUUCUGGAGACUUGGUUAUUUUACGCUCUUUAUUACCAAUGGAUAUUUCCAAUAUAACUCAAAGCGAUGAUUUAAAUAAAUUGGAGGGGACAGUUCAUAAUUCAACUGCUUUGAAUACUACUCCCACUACUGCUAUUACUACGACUAAUAUUCUGACCGCUACUAAUACAUCCCCUAAUGAGUGUACUUCACCUGGAUCAUCAACUAUACCACCAUAUCAUGUUUGUUUAAAAUUAAUUAAUCAACCAUUAACUGAUGGACGAAGACUUUUACAUGUAGCUGUAGAAUUUCAAAGUGAUCCUGAACUAAUUCGUUUAUUACUUGAAUGUGGAUGUGAUCCAGCAACUAGUGAUGGGGAUGGUAUCACACCUUAUCAAUUAGCUACACGAUUGCAUAAAAAGUCAAUGGCUAAUGUAUUUCGACGUUUUCGAUUUCAUCAUCCCAAUCGUUAUGAUUAUGAAAAAGCUAAAAUACCUGCUCCAUUGGAUCCAUCAAAAGAGGCUGCCAAACUUGAACGUGAUCGUGAACGCACGAAACGACAAAAACAACGACAAAAAGAAAAACGUGCUGCAGAACGUGCAGCUAUUGAACAACAAAAGAAAGAUGCUGAAGAACAAGCACGUUUUUUAGCCUUAUCCGAUCGCGAAAAACGUGCUAUCGUGACAGAACGUCGUUUGAUUUCUUCUGGUUCUGCGACCGGUGAACCAUUCAUGGUAUUCAGUCGUUGUUUUCAAUGUGGUUGUGAUAUAAGUGGCAAAGUUCCAUUCAGUUAUAUGGAUUAUAAUUUUUGUACAUCGAAUUGUUUAAAACAACAUCGUUUAAAAUCAAUAAAUAAUAACAGGUAAUACAAUUUGUAAAAAUAAUCACCAACAAAAUGUAUCAUUUUUGAUUAGAACAAAAAAAUUUUGUUUUCUUAAAAUUUAAUUUCUUAAAUACAUUGAAAUGUAAUUGGAGAACAAUUUUGUAAUGAUUUUUGAAAUUAUAAUUACUCAUUAUUAUUAUUAUUAUUAUUA